AUGAGUUUAGAAAAUUCUAUUCAAUCUAAAAAUACAAUUGAAAAUUUAAAUAAUAAUAUUAAUGCAAUUCAACAUAAUAAUUCUAUAGAAAUUUCAAAAUUAAAAAAUUAUUAUGAAUUUGAAAUUUCUAAUUUAAAAAAUAAAUAUUAUUUUGAAAUUUUACAAAAUCAUAAAGAUGAAAUUUCAAAUUUAAAAAAAUAUUAUGAAAAUGAAAAUUUAAAUAUUCAAACUUAUUAUAAAGAUGAACUUUUAAAUUUAAAAAAAUAUAAUGAAUCUGAAGUUUUUAAAUUAAAAAAUGAUUAUAAUCAAAUAAUUAAUAAUCAUAAAAUUGAAAUAUUAAAUUUAAAAGAUACAUAUGAUAAUGAAAUUUUUCAUUUAAAAAAUACAAUUUUUUCUUUAAAACAACAAUUAAAUAAUCCAUCUAUAGAAUUAUUUUUAAAUAUUUUUAAAAAUAAUAUUAAUAAUUUAUCCAAUUUAUUAUAUAAAAAACAAUAUGAAGAAAAAUGUUUUCCACCUACAGACCCAAAUGAAUUUAUGAAAAUGAUGGAUUUUGUUAAUUUAAAAUCAUUUGUUUUAAUGUUUUUUAAUACAUUUAAAUCUGAUAAUCAAAAAGAAAUUGAUAAUAAUGAUAUUAUUGAAUUAGAUGAAGAUAAUAUAUUUGAAGAUAUUGACAUAAAUGAAAAUAAUUUUAAUACUGAAUUUACAUUAGCAUUAAAUAAUUUUAUUACAACAACUAGUGAAAAUGAAAGAUUAACAGAAUUUAGAAGA